AAGCCAAGCCAUGAAUGGAGUCGACAGUAUAAAACCCAAACAGGCACAAGCCCAGUAAGAGAAAAGCGUAUAAAUCAAAAGGGGCAAAUUUUAUUUUUUUUGAAAAAAAGGAAAAUUUAUAAUCCAACAAGACAGACGAGAAAUAUAUACACAAGAUACAACCCUAGACCUCUGAUAACAUACCAUACCACCUCUUAACCAUGACUUAAAACAAAACCAAAAAAAAUAAAUCUCUGCAAACAAUACAAUACAUAAAUUCAAAACAAUUAAAACUGUACCAAUAAACAAACCAAACGCCUCCUCUCAUGACCAAACCGGACGGCGUCGCACCGGAAUCCAAAGCCGACGUUACCCCCUCCUGGGGUACUUGGGAGGAGCUCCUCCUCGCCUUUGCCGUCAACCGCCACGGUACCGAUUCAUGGGACUCUAUCGCCUCUGAACUACACAAACGGACCUCCGGCUCCGCCCUCUCUCUCACCGCCCAAAACUGUAGGUCGAAAUACUUCGACCUCAAACGCCGUUUCGUCGCGCCGAACGGUGAUUUGGAGGAAGACGACUCCCGUGAUGGUAAAUCGGACUCCGCCCCCUUGCUGGAGGAGCUGAGGAAAUUGAGAGUGGCGGAACUCCGGCGUGAAGUGCAACGUUACGAUCUCAACAUCGAGUCAUUGGAGUUGAAGAAGAAGAAAUUGGAAGAGGAACGAGAGAGAAGUUUGAGGAGAGAGAAAAUCGAUUCGGAUCUAGGUGAGGGAGAUGAGAAAAUUGGUAUGGAACCGGAGAUGGAGCCGGCGGCCGGCGGAGAACCAGUCACCGGCGAUGAUUUGGAGAAGGAUGAUUUGUCGGUGAACGAAUCAAACUCCACAGAUCCCGGCCUGGAGAAGUCGAUAGCCGGCGAGAAAGAACCGGAACCGGGGAGAACGGGAGGAGAGGAGGUACGACGGGAUCAAACCGGUCAGACGACUGAGUUAAAACCGGAACCAAAUCAGAAGGCGGUUCGGGAGGAUUCCUGCAACGGGAGUUCAAAUAGUAUAGACGAGUCGGACCGGAAGGCGAAAGCUGAACCGGUAACCGAUUCGACCGAUUUAGUUGAGUCAGAGGCCGAGUCAGACGGCGGAAGAGAGGAGGCGACGAAGGAAAACUCCGAUGUGCAGAGUUCCGCCAGUAGAUCGAGGAAGGAGGAGGGAAGUGAUAAGGUGCGCCGCGGUAAUAUGAGUGGCGAUGAGCGUGAACACGAGGAUCAAUCUCGUGCCGUGAAGGAAUUGUCUGCCGAAUCGCAGCCGUUGGCUGACUUUCUGCAGGCUAUCCGGGCUCAUAAGCUCGGCUCGGUCUUCGAGCGGCGGCUCCGGAGUCAGGAAACCUCGAAAUAUAAUAAGUUGAUUCUCCAGCACACAGAUCUCGAAACAAUCGAAACGAGGUUGAAAGAAGGAUGGUAUUCAGGUUCAACCAGCAAAUUUUUCCGCGAUCUUCUCUUGUUGGUUAAUAACGCCCUCGUUUUUUUCUCCAAAAAUUCGGCAGAAGCAAAUGCUGCAACUGAGAUUCGAUGGCUCGUCUCAAAGCAGAUUUCCCGGAAACUCACCAAGUCAGAUUCUUCAUCUGGGAAACAAAUUUCGCUCCAAUCCCUAUCAAUUGCCAAGAAAGAAGACAAAACUCCAGAGCCAUCACAGUCUUUGACGUUAAAGCCUAGAUUAUCCGGCUCGUUAAUAGUUUGUCGUAAACGAAGCUCAAUUGCAGCGAAGGGGUCCGCUUCUUCUUCAGGAGCUGAUAAAAAGAAAGAGCAAACUCCAUUGGUUACCGAGGAGAAGGAUAAGGCAAAGGUGGUGCAGCGUUCUUCCCAAGUCUCUGGCGAUGCAGAGGAGCCUAAAAUCACUAAAAAGAGAACAAGGGAUAAUAGAUUUUCUUCGGUUUCCGCUAACAACUCGAAGAAGAAUAACGGCAAGAAUUCUUCGGCCAAUAAAAAUGAAUCAGGGAAACAACCGGCAAAGGGAGGAGGCUCGUCUUCUUCUCAGCAAGCAGAGCCGCCCAAAAGCGAGACUAAGAAGAACCAAUCGAAUUUAGACUCGAAAAAACGAGGGGCGGCGAAUUUCUUGAAUAGAAUGAAGCAAGGUUCAUCAUCGAACAACGGGGUUUUGCUCGAUGCAUUGAAGAACACACCUCUGACUAGCGAAAGUAAAGGAGGGUCUCAAGUGAAGAAAAACGAGAAUGCUAAACGAGGGGAAAAGAAAGAACAGGCUACUACUACUAGGAGAAAUUCAGAGACGAGACAAACGAAAGAGAAGGAAAAAGAAAAAGAAAAAGAAAAAGAAAAAGAGAAAGAGAGAGAGAAAGAGAAAGAAAGAGAGAAAGAGAAGGAGAAGGAAAAGGAGAAGGAGAAGGAGAAGGAGAAGGAGAAGGAGAAGGAGAAGGAGAAAGAGAAGGGUAGUCCUGGAAAGAGAAAUGUUGGGAGGCCGCCGAAGAGAGGAGCUGCACCGCCGCCACCUCCUCCGGCGGCGCUUGGUAAAAGGGGUAGAGAAAAGGCUGAAACGGAAGCUGCGACUUCGAAGCAGCCUAAAAAAAGAUCGAGGAAGUUAUAGCUAUGGUGAAAAGGGGGGAAAAAAACAAAAAGGGAUAGACAAAUUUGUAUGUAGUGUAUGGCAAUCUUUUUUUAAAAUAGAUAUAGAUUUACUUAUUAUUUUGGGUUUCACUUAUGUUUUGGUAGUCUUUUGAUUGACCCGAAAACCAGUGAUAGCGGGUCCUUACAAAAGAAAGCUGCUUGUUUGUGCAACUCUCUAUGUAAGCUGUGUUUUGUAAGCUAAGGUGGUUUUAUUAACGACUUCUAAUUUUUCUGAAAUUAACAAAACGUCUAUGAAUUUAUUUAUUU